AUGCCGGUGCUCGAGAGAGGCAAGUGUGGAGCCAUCGAAAACUUCUUCAUCCUGAAGAUGGAAUUAUUCCACAGCUUUGCUGGAUCUAUCAAAGCUCUCGGUGGUCUGAUACAGUACUCAGCAGACACGCAUGGCACACCGCUUGUCAAUGCUAUCGCUACCGAAGACAAUAUCGUCGCAGAAAUGGAUCCUACCUUGGCAUGGAUAGCCCGCACACUCCCAAUCACAGUUGCCCCUGAUCGAAAGUCACUUACCAUCCCCGAUCUGCAGUACACCUACGCCCUUCCUGAUUUUGCUGCAGCGCUCACUGAGUAUAUCAGUAAGGCAUCCCAGGGUGCCCCAACAACAUCUUGGACCUGCCAGGGAGGUUCUGUUCGGACAUGGAAUAAGUUUCGCAUACAACUCCUCUCCAACUUCCAGUCACGAAUCGUCAUGCCGAGUCAAGUCGUCCAGUCAUAUCCGCCCUCAGAGGCAUUCCCAUUUGGGAAUCGCGAACGCAGUUCUCAUACAACGUCUACAUCGCACAAGUGCAUUGCGUUUUCGAAGCUGCCUGCCAAGAAAGGCCAUACUUUGCCUCGCUAUCUUGAAGCUGCGCCUCUUCUAUACGUUCAAUACUUCAAGAUCACAGCCAUGCCUGCUGAUGAGCCGAGCAUUGGGAUGUACAGGGUGAAACGAAUCAUCCAUCAGGAUGGGAUGGGUCGCAUCUUCCAACCUGGUAGUGUCAUUCCACUGACAGCCAGUUACCUGUGCCGUCGAGCUGAUCCCUGUGUAUGGUUCGAAGAUGGAUCGCACGAUAACUGCUGCGAACUCAUUAGAGGUCUGUGA